AUCGAUCCCAAUCAUGUACACAAUCAGCAAAACAUGGUACAGCGUGUAAUAAGAACUGGACAGGAUAUGAGCGCUAGUGUGAGAAUGAUGAACGCUCAAACGAUUCCGCGGCCAGGUUUGAUGCAAACGACUGUCAAUGACAACACUGGUACAUCGUCUGAGGCAUCGGAAAUUCCUGAUAACGUCACUGCAGAACUGGAAAAACUCGAACAAGAAGGAGCUCCUAUGGUAGAGGUCGAGGGCGUUGGUGCAAUAUUAGGGGACUUGGCUGAUGAUGAUGAUGAGCUUUUAGCUGAAAUGGGAGCAGAUUUUAAUAUUCUCGAGUAUGCAGAUCCCGAAUUGGGUAAUAUAACAGGUGGAGAAAAAACAAAUAUUCUUGAUAUGGAUUUAGAGCAAGUUGAAGUUGAGACUAAGGAAGAAAAACAGAAGAAAGAAAAAGAGGAAGAACAAAAAUCUGAAGUUUUAGCAGUAAAUGCAACAGCACAUUCAGAUAUUGCUAACGAAUCAUCUAAUUCAGGCGUAUCGACACCCGUUGAACCGACGAUGGUUCCCAAUGUCGCUCCUGCUGCUACAGCAGCGACUAUGCCGAUUUCUGCGGCAUCCCAGCCUCAAGGUUCGAUCAUCCAGCAACAGCAGCAGCAAUCCGGAACAAUAAUAGCGCCAAAUCAUGCGCAAGCGAUGGCUGUUCAACAACAGAUGCAUCAACAAGUUCAACAAGCCGCUGCUAUGGGUCGUCCUAUGCCUCCGGGAACACGGUUACUAUCUGCCGAAGGUGUCAUUGGAGUUGUUACGUCAAGUAAUACUGUUACGAUAAGCUAUCCAUCUACUUUUCCCGGGCAUCCUCAACGAAUUCUUCAAUCACAUAUGCAACAUGGGGCUGUGCCCAGGUGGACGGGGUGUUAUGCCGCCGCGAGCCCCAGUUCAUAUUGGGCACCAAGUGCCUGGUGUUGUUCCGGGUCCACCGAUGGCCCCAAUUGUUCACACGGGUGCAACUCCUCCUUCAAUAACGCCGCAUCCACAUCGAAGACCCUUGCUUCUCCAGGAAUUGUUGUCAGUGGCUCAGCAACCAGUGGUCCUAUUAUCAGACCACCAGGUAAGCCGAGACCGCCAUCAACGCCUGGUACUCCUUGGCCACAAGCUACUGACUCUGGUAAAAUUAUACAACCUAGACAACCAAUUGCAACUCAAACACCUCCUGAAGCAAGAGUAGCGACGUUUAAUAUACCUCAAUUGCCAGCACCACCAGCUCCACCAGAAGUAAUAUCAAGUGAACAAGAUCGUCAGGUACAACUUCAGUAUGAACUUUGGCUUCAUAAUCAGCAACAAAUUUUACUGCAGCAACAAAAAUACUAUGAAACUGAAGUACAAAAAUUACGGAAGUCUCGUAAAGCAUUAAACAGCAGACAACGACAAUUGCGUAAAUCCGGUAAUGAGUUGACGGAAAUUGAUGCAGCUGAGCUGCAGCGAAUUUCCAGUGAACAGUCGAUCUUACAAAAACAGCUGGAUGCAAGUAGAAAACAAGUUCGUCAACAUGGUAUGUUAGCGCAAGAGUACAAAAGUAAACAACAGCAAAGACAAACUCAACCUCAGACAAGUGAACCGUGUUCACCAUUGAUGUCACCGUCCCAGCACUCUUCUCCGAUGCACAGUCCAGCUGGUCUAGUUUCUCACAGUCCUGGACCCGGCAGCGUACCCAGUAUGAUUCAACAUUCACCGGUUACCAUAAUUCAACACAGUCCAAACCCACCGCUAUUACAGCACAGCCCUGGUACUCAACAGCAGCAAAAUCCAGGAACAAUAUCUCCUCAUAAUAUGCAGCAAUCACCUCGGAUAGGAACUCCACAUUCGCAAAAUGAAGAGAGUCCUUUCAGUCCUGGUGCAAUGCCUUCUCCAGGUUUGUGUGGUCCAACACCUCGCAUGACUUCUCCUCAACAUCGUGCUGUGAUAAGUGGACGGCUUACCACUAGUCCCGGAGCUUUUCCACAAGAAGUCCGACAAAAUCAACAAAUUAUCAACGAGCAGGGAAUAAGAUUGCAAAAUACACAUCAAAGAUUUGUCAGACCUUCGGCACCUCCAAGUUCACCUAUGCCUCGUAGCCCAAUGAUUCCACAAACAAUGGGCUCACCAAUGUUGCAACAGCAAUUGAGUCAAAAUUCUCAGCCUCCUAGUCCUAUGGGGUCAAGAAUUCAUCCACAGCCACCUUCACCGAUGGUCUCACAGUACCAGCCACCUAGUCCAAUGGCCAGAAGUCAUCCGUCAACUUCACCCAUGCUUCAACACCAGCUCAAUAAUCAGCAUCAUCCUCCACCACCGCCACAAACUCCAAGCUCACCGAUGCCACGAAGUCCUAUGGUACCAUCACCGAUGCAAAUGCAGCGACGACAGUCCAGUGGCAACAGUCCCGCUAUGCCCGAUCGUCCUCAGAGCGUAGAAAAUCCUGGAACUCCUCGCACUCCACAUACUUACACUUACAAUGUACAAAAUUCAGGACAUGUUAAUAAUGAUCAACAGCAGCAGCAGCAGCAGCAGCAGCAGCAGCAGCAAAUGCAACAAAUAAAUCAAGAGCAAUCUAAUCAAUCAGAUUUAAAUCAAAAUCAAAACCGCGGAGGAGGAAAUCCACAUCAUCCUUUAACUCCAAUUCCCAUAAAAUCUAUUUUUGGACGGUAUGGAUAUUUUAAACCUGGUUUAAGAGGAGGCUCGCCUAUGUGGUCGACAAAGCCCGAGUGUAGUAAAGGAAAAACAGUCGAGCCAAGGAUUACAGCAGCGACCUCCAAUUUAAAUGAAGACAAACCAAAUACUUCUAGCGUAGUUCAUAGAAAAACAGGAAUAUCUCAGUCGAAAAUAAAUAGUCUAGUGCAUGCUGAUUAUAAUGAUUUUGACGAUGACUCUCACACUCCGCCACAAACUCCCCCAACAACAGAAACUAAAACAAACACGACUUCAAGUCUGGCUGUUGAAAAAUCAGUAUCAUCUUCUCUUGCUAUCGGAAGUCCAGAUAAAUUAGAAACUAUGCCGGAUACUACCGAUUACGAUGAUGAUAAAACAAUUGUCAAUGAAGAGGUUACUCUAAGCUCCACAGCUCAGAGAGACAGUGAUGAUACUGUUAUCGAAGAACUGGUUGACGUUUCACUGGGUCCGGUUGAUCCGGACGAAAUGCAAGAGUCUUUUUUUCUAUUCGAGCCUGUAGAUCUUUCGAAUGAUAGCAAUGACAUUCUGAGCCAUGCUUUGGUGAAUAACACCAAUCAAAACCAUGAGCUCGUUCAGAUUCUCCAAAUAGACCCUUCUCAAAAUGACGAUUCCAUUCUCAGCGAUGAUGAGCUCGUACCUUCGAACAGGAACAAAAAAACCCUGCGUUUGGAUAUUAUGCGCACUUUGCAGACCGGGAAGAGACUCGUUACCGUCACUGAUACUCCCGAAUCUCCGGAUCAGGAAGACAUGGCUGUCGAUCCUUCGCCUGUCACUUCGCCUUUUAUAGACAAUCCUGAUGAUAUAAUGACUCUUGGAGAAAUUAGUGCUUCUGAAGUUGUGAUAAUAGAUCCUACCAUUAAAUCUCCUGAAGAUCAUUUGAACAAAGAGUGUGAGGAAGAGGCUGAAAAAAUUGACAGUACUUUUGAAGUCUUGCAACAACCAGAGCAACCCAAUAAAUCUGAGACUAAUUCUGAUAAUUUAAAUGAAAAGAAAUCUUUUGAUUUGACGGAAAAAAUGUCAUCUGUUUCUGUUUCUAAUUCUGUUUCUGAUCCGAUUAAUGACAAGGAUCAAGUCGAUGCUGGUGAAAAAACAAAAAUAGAAAAUUCUUCGGCUUCAGAUGUGAUACUUGAAAGUAAUACUGUUUGUAAAACUACCGAAACUAUAUCUAAAUUAGUUACAACAACAAUAACAACAAUGACAACAUCAAUUACGACAAUAGCAGCAACAAGUACUACUAAUUCGGUAACCACUGUUGCUAGCACAAAACAAGUUAUUAAUUUGAGUGAUAAUCAAAACCAAGUAUUGCCUUCUGUGAUUAGUAAUGUUGCUGAUAUUAAAGUAACGAGUGAAUCAAAUAGCCAAUCUUUAGAAAUUUCUAAUUCUAGUACGAGUCCCAUUAUUACAAAUACUUUAACUAGUUGUAGUAGUGGUAAUACUAAUACUAAUACUAAUACUAAUUUAAAGACCAAAAUAAAUUCUAUUGAUACUGUUGAGCCUGAUUCAGUGGCGUCGAAAAUUUUGGCACAACUUACUGAUAAUAAAGACCGGUCAGAAAUAUGUUUCAGUGUCGCCAAUGAAAAUGUAUCUCUUUUUCCAGUUUCUAUUGAAAAUGAGGUUAGUUCUAAAUUGACUGUUGUCCCAUCAACUGCUGUUACAUUAAUGAAAACAAAAUCCAGUGAAGCUCCGAAAAAUAAUUUAAUUAAAAGUAAAGUUGAAGAUAAAAAAAUGGUUAAUAUUAGUGAAAAGUCUAAAGAAAAAAAUGAUAAUUUAUUGAAUUCUGUGAGUAAUAGCAAUAGUAAUGAAUCAUUGUUGUCAUAUUCGUCUUCUUCGCCUGUAGAAGCUACAACAGAAGAAAAAAAAAGUGAUCCUCUUAAUACGACAGAUGAAUUGGAGAGCAUGUUGGAAGCAAUUCAUAAUCCUGAUGAAAAUACCAGUGAUAGUAAAAAAAUAAUUUGUGAUAAUAAACCAGAUAUUUCAUCGUUCAAACGAAUGUCACCAGUUGCUGAUGAAAUGUCUCUGGUAAAUAUUCUAGAAAAUGAUUCCGAGUUGGUUAUUAAUGAACGCAAGGAAAAUAAAUUUCAAGAUACAGAUCAGGCUAAAGAACCGAGUGUUUUGCAUGAAAAAAUUUCUGUUGAUAAAUUCACGGACAAUAACGAAGUUGAAGAAUCUUCAGACGUUAUUUUAGAUAUGCUUCAUAAUAUAAUAUCAUCUAAACCGGAAAUGGCGAAUACAAAUAUUUUGGAAGAUCAACGCAAGUCCACGAGCAUGAUUUAUCAAAUGCCAAUGCCGUUGGACACAUUGCCGUACAAUAUUUUGCAAGACUCACUGAUGGAUUUUGAUCAACCGAUCCAAGACGAACAGGAGCCAGAAGAAAAGACUAAACAACCACCCAAGUCUCUAGAUGUUCCAGUUACUAAAACAACUCCAACUCCACUGGUAACUUCAGCUUCAAUUCCAACUACAGUUUCAACUCAAAUUUCUGCUCCAAUUCAAUCAACUGUAAACACUAUGAACACUUUACAAAAACCAGCAGCAGCAACAACAACAACAACAACAACAACAACAACAACAGCAACAACGACAACAGCAGCAACAGUAGUAACAACAGCACCAACAAUAGCAAUAACAACAGCAAUAGCAAUAACAACAACACCAGCAGCAUCAACAACAGCUGUACCUCACUUGUCUCCGCUGUCCAAACCUACGGAAUUGACGUCGAACAUGGCGACAGCAUCUCACCAACUUCGUUCCUUGUUGUCUUCUAUUCAAACCAACCAUUCAUCACAAAAUUACACGACAGCUCAAGCUGCUAUCGUGACAAUGGUGUCUUCAGCGAUGUCAAAUAGUAAAUUGGGAGUCUCUUCUCCAUCUACUGUUUCAAACUCUCUUAAUCCUCAAACAAGCUUGAGUUUUCGACUCCAAACUGUGACAAGUCCAGCGUCUAUGAGCGUUAAAUCAUCAGCAGACACCACAACAACAUUUGCUCUUCAACUUAAAGACAACAGUGUUUUAUCUUUGGGAAAAACUACGGCUUCGGAAUUUACAAAGAUAUUAACAAAUACAAUUCAAUCUCAAUCGAUUAAUUUACCGGUAGUUACAACAGUACGGUCAACUAAUUCCGGAAUAUCAAUAACAUCAAACGCGAUGUUGAAUGCAAUGUUAUCAGUAACUCCGACAGUGAAACCUUCAAUAGCUGGUCAUCGUGCUAAUACUAUCCUGACGCAAACGAGUAAUUUAUUGAGCUCUGUGUUACCGACUCCGUCGGUUCAACGUAACCAGAAUCUUCAAGCUAUUUUACAGGUAAGCUCGUCUCCGUCGCGAGUUAACACUGUGGCUUCUACAACUACUACCAAAACUACUCCAUUGACAAGUUCUGCGACGAUAAAUGUCACCACUUCAAUUCUCCAGUCAACGUUGUCUCAGACGACGUUAUUGCACUCACAGUUAACAUCAGGAUCGUCGAAUUUAUACAAAUCAACAGAAAUUCUACCGAUUGAUAAAACCAACGAGGAAAAUGUUCCCACGUCAACGGCCAAAGAUGAUGAGAUUAAGACUCAUGAUUCUGAAAUGCCCAAGCAAAAUCAUCGAAUUGAAGAUUCAAAUGUAUUGUUGAAACAAUUGCUACAAAAUACCAGGUGUGCUACCACCAGUUUGGUGGCUAAUACCUCUUCAACGACAACCAUACCAACUGCUCCAUCUUUAGAAGCACAAUUAGCUCGGCCUGUAGUUUCAACAGUGUCAUCUGCUUUGCUACCACAGCUAGUACAUAAAACUCCAACAGUAAAACCGAUUACCAAACAAUUGUUGACACGUGAAACGUCGUUUGUGUCCCAGCAAACGACUUUGCCUCAAAAGACCCCGAGCCCGCCGAUAAAAGAAGAUCCACCUACUCCAAGAGUGACCACUCCAACGGCUGUACAGUCGUUGUCUCCAAGAGGAACUGUUGAUACUAAACAUAUUCAAUUAAAUACUUUGGGAAAAUUGACUCCUAGCUUAUCAAGCGCUGUCACUCUAACAUCUUCAACUGUAACGGCAGCGAUUCCCGUAAAACCGAGUCAGAUUAAACUAGAGCCUGGAUUGAUCACCCACCAGGAAAUUACGAGUCAAUCUUCUCCGUUAAAACCCUCCUCUAUGAGCGAGUCAUCGUCAUCUUCGUCGUCUUCACAGUCAUCAUCCUCGUCGGUGAUUACCGGUCAAAAUCAGUCUCAGAUACGUAUUACGCAAGUACCGACGUCUUUUACAAAACUUGUUUCGACUUUAAGCAAGCCAGCAAUGACAAUAGCAGCUCCUCUGAAGACAGUUCAAGCUGCUACACCACAAGUGCCCAGUAAUGUUCAACAAUCAUCUCAGCCUUCUACACCAGUUGCUACUACACCACCACAAACGCCAUUGUCUACUACGCCAACUCUUAUUUCUGCCCAAAAAUCUGUACCUAUUACUAUUCAACAAUCACAACCUAUGCAACAACAACAACAACAACAACAACAACAACAACAACAACAACAACAACAACAACAACAACAACAACCGCAACCACAACCUCCACAACAGCAACUACCACCACAACAGCAAUUGCAACAGCAACAACAACAACAAUCUCAACAACCUCAACAACAGCAGCAGUUGCAACAACAACAACAACAACAACAACAACAACAACAACAACAACAACAACAACAACAACAACAACAACAACAACAACAACAACAACAACAACAACAACAACAACAACAACAACAACAACAACAACAACAACAACAACAACAACAACAACAACAACAACAACAACAACAACAACACGACCAACAACAACAACAACAACAACAACAACAACAACAACAACAACAACAACAACAACAACAACAACAACAACAACAACAACAACAACAACAACAACAACAACAACAACAACAACAACAACAACAACAACAACAACAACAACAACAACAACAGCAACAGCAACAGCAACAGCAACAGCAACAAAAGCUAACUCAUCAACAAAUACAACCAACAGUGCCUCAGACGAUGACCCAAAACUUGAGUCAUCAAGUUCAUCUACCACAGGGUACAAUUACGCAACACACAGUGCCUUUAGUGGAAGUUAAAAAAGAAAUUCUUGAUGAAGUAUUGUCUGGCAACAUUACACCACAAUUAUCUGAUACCAAAGACUUUCUUACUGCCAAAGAGGAGCUUAUGGAUGGUUCCAUUGACGAUAAGACCGAUCUUAGAAAACUAAAAAGACGUCAGUAUCAGCAAAAACGUCGCCAGAGUCAAGGAAAAGAUGCAUCAACACCUCCGCAAAAGAAACGAUCCCGCAAAGUUUCUCGUCUAGACGAAGACUAUGAUACAUUUAUUGAAAACUUAAUGAUUCAAUUGCGACAAUUGCAAGCAAUACCUGUUCUAGAGCCCUAUCUUGGACGAAACUAUGGCGUCUGUCCCAUUUACGGUUCCGGUGACUUGUCGAAACUUUGCACUCAGAAAGACUACAACCCUCGAACUGGAGAUUUACUGGGAGUUUACGGUGCCGCGAGGCUUCCUGGGGUAUCAGAUCACUACAACACCCAGCCGUUUGGUGAAUUGGAGCCACUACCAGCUCCUCAGCCAGUCUCAACUCAGCGUGGAUUUUACGAUCAAGAAUUUCCACCUCUUAAAUUAGAGGACGCGAGUGAUAAAAAAGAUUGUAUGUCAUUGUUGACCCGUGAUGUGGACACUCCAGACACUAUUGUAAGUUCUUCAUCUCCUGAGUGUGUGAUUCCCGAAUUUGUUCAUAAUUUUCCGGGGUUGAGAUUGAUUGACGACAACUCUGACGAAGAGUCUGACUGGCUAAAACGCGUCUCACCUGUUAUUCCAAUAAUUUCGCCAAUUCCCAUCAGAUUAAAGACUCCAGCAACAAUGGCAGCAGAAUUAGCAGCAGUAAAAGCAACAACAACGGCUAUUAAUACCUCAGUGACAACUACACCCGCAGUGACAGUAGCUGCUGCCGCUGCUGCUGUUAUAAAAGACACUGCUAAGCAGGAUAAAGAAAAUCUCGGAAUCACACGAAUCGGUAAAUCACCACCAGUGGCCUUACGAGAAAACAGCAAUGUUACAGUAACGCUGACACUCAAUAGUCAAGCAGCUGAUGAUAUUAUGAGAGUUUUGAAAGAUCUUGCAAAUAUAUUAAAUAUAUCACCGCCCAAUGGGUACCAAGUCGUUGAACGCACCACCACACCGCCAAGUCAAAAAUUGGGGCUCUAUAGAACUAAGGGCAAGGAUGGUAAAGAAGGAGCUCCUGUUGACAUUCAGAGUAUACUCAAUGGUGCGGCUAAAUUUUGCCGUCAUUGUGAUGUUGUUAUUUUAAAUAGUCUUAUUCGUAAAAAAGUAUCUGAAUUACCAUUUUUAAGUAAAGAUGAAGCUGAACCUGGUGAUGAACUCUGCUUCUGUUCUGUUAGUUGUUAUAUGCAAUUUGCUUUGAUACAUCGUACACCUAUCACUACUCAAGGAAAAGCUGCGACAAUUGUUGAUCACCUGGGUCAAAAAACCGACUCCAAGUUACUUGAUAGUACUUUAAAGAAAAAACUUGAAGAGAAAAAAUUAAUAGAAAAACAAAUGCUAAAUUUGGCAGAAAUUAACAUGGAGCCGAUGGACAUUUGCAAUGCCAUUAAAAUAAAAACCGAGAAAGAGGACCUAGACCUUCAUGACCACAUAAAGCAAGAACUUGUUGAUAAGCGACCAAAGAAACAUCCCGCAGAUCUUCCAACUGAUCUCGAGUUUGAACCACCCUCAAAACUGCUUCGGGGUACAAAAUACAAGGUCUGGAGUAUGGGUGUUCUCCAGCCGACGAAAAAAUACAAAAAGCCCUCGGAUAAAGACAUAACUGACCUGCUGUUCCGGAUGGCUGUGACAGUGAACCCUGCGAAGAACGAGGACAGUCGACGCUGUAUGUUUUGUCAAAAUCAAGGAGACGGCGCUGCUGAUGGUCCUGCGCGGCUCUUGAAUUUUGACGUAGACAAGUGGGUCCACUUGAACUGCGCGCUCUGGUCUGAGGAUGUUUAUGAGACAGUAAACGGAGCUCUGAUGAAUUUGGACACUGCUUUACAACACAGUCUCGCAAUGAAUUGCAUCGUAUGCGAGAAACCCGGAGCUACUGUAAAGUGUUUCAAGAUGCGGUGCACCAAUGUCUACCAUUUGGGUUGCGCUGAAAAGGCUGGUUGCGUGUUUUACAAAAAUAAAAGCACUUUUUGUUCUCAGCACGUUCAGAAAAAUGAAAAAGACAACGAAUUAACAACUUUGUCCGUCUACCGACGGGUUUACGUUAAUCGGGAUGAAAAUCGACAAGUUGCCGCAGUAAUGCAUCACACCGAGCGCAAUCACCUUUUACGAGUCGGUAGUUUAAUUUUUUUGAACGUCGGACAACUUUUACCUCAUCAACUUCCAAAUUUUCACACUCCGCAUUAUAUUUAUCCCGUGGGCUAUAAAAUUGUCAGGUUUUAUUGGAGUAUGCGUCAACCUAACAAGCGGUGUCGGUACGUCUGUUCUAUUCACGACAAAGACGGACUCCCGGAAUUUCGGAUUCUUGUCCAGGAGUCCUCUCACGAAGACAGCGAGUAUGUCGGUAAAACUCCAAGAGCAGCUUGGGAACACAUUUUGGAACCACUUUCUAAAUUAAGAGAAUCCACCAACAGCAUUAAAUUGUUUCCACUGUAUGUCUCCGGAGAAGAUCUUUUUGGCUUGACAGAGCCGGCUAUCGUCAGAGUCUUGGAGAAUUUACCCGGAGUUGACACCCUGACUGAUUAUAAUUUCAAGUACGGAAGGAACCCUUUGCUGGAGCUGCCUCUGGCGGUGAAUCCCAGUGGAAGUGCUAGAACUGAGGCGAGAUUGAGGAACCAACUGCCUUGGAAGAGACCACACACUCAGAGAACUGGCUCCUCCGCAAGGGCAACCUUCUCACCUACAAACACUGUCGCCGGCGAGACAACUUGUCCUUAUUCGAAACAGUUUGUUCACUCUAAGAGCUCACAGUACAAAAAAAUGAAACAAGACUGGAGAAAUAAUGUUUAUUUAGCGAGAAGUAAGAUCCAGGGGCUCGGGCUUUAUGCUGCUAGAGAUUUGGAGAAACAUCAGAUGCUGGCAUAUGAUUAUAAAUUUGAUAUUGAAGACGACCAACAUAAAAUAGCUUGCGCAUGUGGAGCACCAAACUGCCGUAAGUGGAUGAACUAA